AUGGCCCCUCUCUACCCCUGGACAUACCUCUACUACCAAUUGGCGCCCCUUCCCUCCAGUUUCACAUCUCCCAACUGUCUCUCAGGGAAGACCGUAAUCGUCACCGGGGCCAAUACGGGCCUAGGACUGGAAGCAGCACGCCAUUUCGCCCGUCUCGGGCCUGCGAAACUGAUCCUCGCUUGCCGCGACCGGCAAAAAGGGGACCAAGCAGCCUGGGACAUCGCGGACGACACCGGGUGCCCGAACGUCCAGAGCUGGGAAGUCGACCUCGCUUCCUUCGACAGCGUGCGGCUGUUUGCGGAGCGGUUUGAGAAAGAAGGAGGGGGGAGGCUGCAUUUGCUUGUCGCUAAUGCCGGGGUGUCGUUGCCAUGGUAUGAGAAGACGGAAGAUGGGUGGGAAAGGAUGCUCCGAGUAAACUACAUAGGCACAGCACACCUCACACUCCGGCUCCUUCCUUUCCUACUCGCCGCCUCCCCUUCUUCCGCACAGCAGAACGGAAUCCUAACUGACGUCAGCGGCCCGAGACUUGUCACCGUCACCAGCGAGAUGCACUACUGGGCAUACGACAGGGCUGCGUUGACUGUCGUGAGAGUUAUGGACACGCUCAACGAGGAACGGAGGUGUAGGCAGUGGGGGACGAUGCUCUUACGCUACGGGGCUACGAAGAUGAUGAACAUCCUCUUCACCCAAGCCCUCUCCAACCGGCUUUCUCAGCUCUCCCGACCCACCCAGCUUACGGCAACAACCGUCAACCCUGGGUUCUGUCAUUCUCAACUAACGCGCCACCUCCCCCUCUCCCUCCCCAUCGCCUUGCUCAAAAUGCUCAUCGCCCGCCCCACGUCAAUCGGGGCGCGCACGCUCGUCCAUGCCGCUCUCGCCCCGGAGCUGGAAGGAGUUAGAGGAGUGUACCUGAGUGAUUGUAUGGUGAAGGAAGCGGGGGAUUUUGCGGUGAGCAAGGCGGGAAAAAGGGCGGCGCAGCACAUUUGGGGGGAGACGCUGGACGUGCUGUUCGAGGCUGAUCCUGGGUUGAAGGUCGUGUUGCGGGUUUGUGGGAUAGAGGCUGAAUAGGUAGUUAGGGAAUGCAGAC